AUGAUUUUGAUGUGGAUUUUGUUCUACCGUGUGGUUAUAGCCGAUCCCUAUAAUCGUUUUAGACCACCUUUCGCCGAAGCUGUAAUCCCAAAUGACAGAACGCUACCUGAAACACCGCCAAGUCCGGAUUGGAGAACACCCUAUGCCGACGGCAGGUUCGGCUUGCAUCAUAAAAGACCGCCAUUCUCCGAUAGUAUAUCCGGAUUUACACAUAACAGACCGCCUUCUUCAUAUAAAGUACCUAAUGUUUCUUAUUUUGAUAGGCAAAGUCUUCCAGUAGGAGAUUCAGGAUCACUCUUUUCCGUGAGACCAUCUGCAUCAAUUCCAAGACAUAGAGGGUAUUACGUUUCAAAACCAAGAGAACGAGGAGUUCCUUCGCGUGUCAGUGGGUCUCCUGAAGUUUCAAGGGUAAUACAAUACCUCUCAUAUGCUUCGGAUCGGGACACAACGGGACCAACAAGAGAACGCUAUAUAAAUCCGAAUCCAGAAGAGUUAUUAGGUGUUGCAAAUGUUCCUCGUGGUGUCCCGAGGCAUUUGCAAGCCCCUUUUCUAUCUGGUGCUCGAGCAACAUUAGAACCAACAAGAGCUCCAUACCGUUUUAAUGGCCAACCAACAUCGCCACCUCGUCUUCGGGAAUUUCCAUUUGCCGGUAGUCCAGAAGCAAGACGGGCGCAAAAACGUCGAGCAUUUCCUAUGCACAACAGUGGAUCACCGGAAUAUAAUAGAUUAACAGCACCGCCAAAUGGACGCAUGAACCGAUUCACUGUGCCUGUGAGCCCAGAACCAACAAGGGGGGCAGGUAAUCGGAGAACAAGAUUACCAACAGAACCAACGCGUAGGGGUUCAACUUUGAGUCGCAACAAUCUAGACACUGUUAUGGCAUCGCCAAGAAGAAGAGGACAAGCUUGGUAUAGACUUCCUCUCACGAGGCCAUCGAGUGGCAACAUAGCUCCCUAUCAAACAUUUCAUACAGACGUAUCGUAUAGCUAUUAUAAUACGAAAACGUCUGGUUCACCACGGGUCGGUAACAAUGCAUAUACUCAAAGAAAACGUGUGUUACCUUUAGCUCGUUCGAUGAUAAGUAGAAAUCGGGUUAUAAAAAAUCCACAGAAAAAAAUGUCUCUUUCAGCUUUUCAUGCACAAUCCGAAGUUGAACGCAACGCAAUACAGACAAUACAAGACAGACACGAAAGUUCCGAAAGAAACAAUUCAUCGUAUGUCAACAUUUCAAUUGCCAGAGAUAUUUUUGCUGAUUUCAAUAACGGACAACACGGCAAAAAUAGUCUUGAAUACAUCAACACACACUACCCUAUUUAUAGAACAACCUCAUUGUUAAAAUUGCGGAUACAAAAGGAAAUUAAUGAACAGUCAGUAAAAAAAGGAAAACGAAAAGAUAAUGAAUCCGACUGGCUUAAAGGACUUUGGAAUAAUCUAACCCCAAAUAAUUCCACUUAUGAGGACGUAAAUGGAAACAAAGUCGUCAAUUCUUUGAUUUUUAACAAUAAUUUCGCAAAUCAGCAAAAAGGCGCUACGAUCAACUCCUCCAAAGUGAAUGUAGAAAAUCAACUUAUAAUUGGGAACACCGUAUUCGAGGGAAAUCGAAUUGGCAAUGAAGGGUUUGCAUUGAAUCCUAGUGCAUCAGAACUUUUUACAAAUAAGACACCUACCAGCGACCUGUUUAGACCUAAUAUGCAUACAAAAAACAUUACCACAGCAGACACAGAUGCUUCAAACGCAAUUUUCGAUACUGCAAAUGUUACAGACUUAUGGGAAACAAUGGUUGAUACCACACACAACGUAUAUAAAUCAAACAUACCCAAGGAUACCUCAACAAACGCAGAUAUUUCAAACACCAAGGUUGACACCGUGAGCAAGACAAAUUUAUCAAAAACAAAAGUGGAAAGCGCAUCGAAUAACUACAAUUUAAACACACUAGUGGAUACUGAAAUGACCAUAGACAAUACAAACAUAAUAGUGGAAACUGGAACGAACAAAGACACAAACGUGUAUACCGCCACGAAAAUUUCAAACAAACAAGUUGAUUCUGGAGCAAACAUUGACAAUUUAAACACACUAGUGGUUAGAGGAACAAAUAUAAAGGAAAACAUUAAUAUACUUGUGGAUACCGGAACGAACAUAGACAAUUUUAACACACUUGUUGAUACUGGAACGAACAUAGGCAAUUUUAACACACUAGUGGAUACUGGAACGAACAUGGACAAUUCUAACACACUAGUGGAUACUGGAACGAGCAUGGACAAUUUAAACACACUUUUUGACACUGGAACGAACAUGGACAAAUUUAACACACCUAUCGAUACUGGAACGAACAUAGACAAUUUUAACACACUUGAAGAUACUGCAACGAGGAUUGAGAAUUUUAACACACUAGUGGAUACUGGAACGAACAUGGACAAUUUAAACACACUUGUGGAUACUGGAACGAACAUGGACAAUUUUACCACACUUGUGGAUAAUGGGACGAACAUGGACAAUUUUAACACACUUGUAGAUACUGGAACGAACAUGGACAAUUUUAACACACUUGUAGAUACUGGAACGAUCAUUGACAAUUUAAACACAUUAGUGGAUACUGGAACGAACAUGGACAAUUUAAACACACUUGUGGAUACUGGAACGAACAUAGACAAUUUAAACACACUAGUGGAUACCGGAACGAACAUAGACAAUUUAAACACACAUGUGGAUACUGGAACGAACAUAGACAAUUUAAACACACAUGUGGAUAUUGGAACGAACAUGGACAAUUUUAACACAAUAGUGGAUACUGGAACGAACAUGGACAAAUUUAACACACCUAUGGAUACUGAAACGAACAUAGACAAUUUAAACACACAUAUGGAUAUUGGAACGAACAUGGACAAUUUUAGCACAAUAGUGGAUACUGGAACGAACAUGGACAAUUUAAACACACUUGUGAAUACUGGAAUGAACGUAGACAAUUUUAACACAAUUAUCGAUACUGGUACAAACAUGAAAAAUUUAAACCCACUAGUGGAUACUGGGACGAACAUGGACAUUUUUAACACACAAGUGGAUACUGGGACGAAAAUAGACAAUUUUAACACACUAGUGGAUACUGGAACGAACAAGGACAAUUUAAACACACUAGUGGAUACAGGGACGAACUUGGACAAUUUUAACUCACUGGUGGAUACUGGAACGAACAUGGACCAUUUUAACACACUAGUGGAUACUGGAACGAACAUGGAAUAUUUUAACACACUAGUGGAUACUGGAUCGAACAUAGACAAUUUUAACACACUUGUGGAUACUGGAACGAACAUGGACAAUUUAAACACACUAGUGGAUACUGGGACGAACAUGGACAAUUUUAACUCACUUGUAGAUACUGGAACGAACAUGGACCAUUUUAACACACUAGUGGAUACUGGAACGAACAAGGACAAUAUUAACACAAUAGUGGAUACUGGAACGAACAUGGACAAUUUAAACACACUUGUGGAUACCGGAACGAACAUAGACAAUUUAAACACACUAGUGGAUACCGGAACGAACAUGGACAAUUUAAAUACACUAGUGGAUACUGGAACGAACAUGGACAAUUUAAACACACAUGUGGAUAUUGGAACGAACAUGGACAAUUUUAACACAAUAGUGGAUACUGGAACGAACAUGGACAAAUUUAACACACCUAUGGAUACUGAAACGAACAUAGACAAUUUAAACACACAUAUGGAUAUUGGAACGAACAUGGACAAUUUUAACACAAUAGUGGAUACUGGAACGAACAUGGACAAUUUAAACACACUUGUGAAUACUGGAAUGAACGUAGACAAUUUUAACACAAUUAUCGAUACUGGUACAAACAUGAAAAAUUUAAACCCACUAGUGGAUACUGGGACGAACAUGGACAUUUUUAACACACAAGUGGAUACUGGGACGAAAAUAGACAAUUUUAACACACUAGUGGAUACUGGAACGAACAAGGACAAUUUAAACACACUAGUGGAUACAGGGACGAACAUGGACAAUUUUAACUCACUGGUGGAUACUGGAACGAACAUGGACCAUUUUAACACACUAGUGGAUACUGGAACGAACAUGGAAUAUUUUAACACACUAGUGGAUACUGGAUCGAACAUAGACAAUUUUAACACACUUGUGGAUACUGGAACGAACAAGGACAAUUUAAACACACUAGUGGAUACUGGGACGAACAUGGACAAUUUUAACUCACUUGUAGAUACUGGAACGAGCAUGGACCAUUUUAACACACUAGUGGAUACUGGAACGAACAAGGACAAUAUUAACACAAUAGUGGAUACUGGAACGAACAUGGACAAUGUUAACACACUUGUGGAUACCGGAACGAACAUAGAACAUUUUAACACACUUGUGGAUACUGGAACGAACAUGGACAAUUUAAAUACACUAGUGGAUACUGGAACGAACAUGGACAAUUUAAACACACAUGUGGAUAUUGGAACGAACAUGGACAAUUUUAACACAAUAGUGGAUACUGGAACGAACAUGAACAAAUUUAACACACAUAUGGAUACUGAAACGAACAUAGACAAUUUAAACACACAUAUGGAUAUUGGAACGAACAUGGACAAUUUUAACACAAUAGUGGAUACUGGAACGAACAUGGACAAUUUAAACACACUUGUGAAUACUGGAAUGAACGUAGACAAUUUUAACACAAUUAUCGAUACUGGUACAAACAUGGAAAAUUUAAACCCACUAGUGGAUACUGUGACGAACAUGGACAUUUUUAACACACAAGUGGAUACUGGGACGAAAAUAGACAAUUUUAACACACUAGUGGAUACUGGAACGAACAAGGACAAUUUAAACACACUAGUGGAUACAGGGACGAACAUGGACAAUUUUAACUCACUAGUGGAUACUGGAACGAACAUGGACCAUUUUAACACACUAGUGGAUACUGGAACGAACAUGGAAUAUUUUAACACACUAGUGGAUACUGGAUCGAACAUAGACAAUUUUUACACACUUGUGGAUACUGGAACGAACAUGGACAAUUUAAACACACUAGUGGAUACUGGGACGAACAUGGACAAUUUUAACUCACUUGUUGAUACUGGAACGAGCAUGGACCAUUUUAACACACUAGUGGAUACUGGAACGAACAUGGACAAUUUUAACACACUAGUGGAUACAGGAUCGAACAAGGACAAUUUUAACACAAUAGUGGAUACUGGAACGAACAUGGACAAUGUUAACACACUUGUGGAUACCGGAACGGACAUAGAACAUUUUAACACACUUGUGGAUACUGGAACGAACAUGGACAAUUUAAAUACACUAGUGGAUACUGGAACGAACAUGGACAAUUUAAACACACAUGUGGAUACUGGAACGAACAUGGACAAUUUUACCACACCUGUGGAUACUGGAACGAACAUGGACAAUUUUAACACACUUGUGGAUACUGGAACGAACAUGGACAAUUUGAAUACACUAGUGGAUACCGGAACGAACAUAGACAAUUUAAACACACAUGCGGAUACUGGAACGAACAUGGACAAUUUAAACACACUAUUGGAUACUGGAACGAACAUGGACAAUUUUACCACACUUGUGGAUACUGGAACGAACAUAGACAAUUUAAACACACCUGUGGAUAUUGGAACGAACAUGGACAAUUUUAACACAAUAGUGGAUAUUGGAACGAACAUAGACAAUUUAAACACACUUGUGGAUACUGGAACGAACAUAGACAAUUUAAACACACCUGUGGAUAUUGGAACGAACAUGGACAAUUUUAACACACCUGUGGAUACUGGAACGAACAUGGACAAAUUUAACACACCUAUGGAUACUGGAACGAACAAGGACAAUUUAAACACACUAGUAGAUACUGGGACAAACAUGGACAAUUUUAGCACACUAAUGGAUACUGGGACGAAAAUAGACAAUAUUAACACACCUGUGGAUACUGCAACGAGCAUGGACAAUUUUACCGCACUUGUGGAUACAGGAACGAACAUAAACAAUUUAAACACACUUGUGGCUCCUCGAACGAACAUAAACAAUUUAAACACACUUGUCGAUUCAGCAAGUAACAAAGACAAUGUCACAUCAAAUUCAUCAAUCAUAAUUGUGGAUACAUUGCAGACUCAUGAAAAUGUUUUAUCAUUUAAGAUUGACAAAUACAUUAAACAGCAUUCGGGCGCUUCCUCUCGCGAUACUACUAGUGACGUUUCUAUUGACCAACAUGCUGGCGUUACAGUUAGCGAUAAUGAUCGAGUGGAUUCCAUUGACAAGCUUUCGGGUGUCACAACUAGUAAUACCGCUCAAGAUGUUUUCAUUGACAGACAUGCGAGUGUUACAUCUAAUGAUUUAGCAGAGCUUUUAAUCAACCAGCAAACGACAGUUAAAUAUAGUGAUAUCGCUAAUGAAAGCCUAAAAGGUUCAUACCAUCUUAUAAAGUCACCUUUGAGAAACGAAUCUGAGGGAAUUCAAUCAGUUGAUACAUUGCAUAUCAUGUCAACACUUGCAAGUAAUCUAACUAAGACUGUUAUAAAGACUAAUAUAACGACAGAGAGGGCGGAUAAUGAUGAAAAUAAAGCGAAUAUGUGGCCAUACAGAACAUUUCACAAUAUGCAUAAUAAUGGUGAGGAGGCCAUUCAGGUCAAUUUAUCUAUGGAGAAUAACAUUGUCGUUCAACAAAAAAGGACGCUUGGUACCGUAAGUGUUAAUAAUAUAAUAGAUCAAUUAGGUAAGUCAGUGAAAAAUAAUAAUAUAUCGAGCGAACUUUUCACUCAAAAUGUGCUGAAGCAAAAUGUAUCGAAACUGUUCGUGCAAAAUACAACUGAUAGAGCAAACAAUAUAAUGAAAACUAAUGACAAGAAUACUGUUUGGACAAAUGAGUCAUCGGAUCAAAAGGAGUUUAGAAAAGCUGACCAUUCCAACAUCGAUCACAAGAAAACUAGGAAUAUUCCAGUAAACCACAACGUACACUCAGAUGAUGUGCAUACUAAAUUUCAGAAGACAACAGAAUCAAAUGCAAAGCCAUUCAUCGAUUAUAUCUGGACCUUUUCGAACAAUUAUAGAAGACAAUUAUCUGGCCAGUUUGAUUUUGCUAAAUCAGUGUUUAAUAAGUCGAUGCCAGCUAUGUACAUGUUUAACGUUUACCAUCUUGGAAAAUUACCGCCCGAAAGCCAUCCUAACGUGAAAAAGACAACCAAACAUCAUAACAACAUCAUAAAAAACAUACCAACUUCAGGAACAUUUUUCCAAAGUCACAUAGACACACACACACGAACAAAACGUCAAUCUAACCAGGAUCCCGUUUCAAGAGAUAUUUUACGCAAGCUGCUUUUUGGACUACUUUUGGUAAGCAGCGGGUCCACCAAAAGCAAGCCUCAACUUGUUAUUGACCAAAGUCCCCAUAAACCGCCAUCUUUAUUCCCUUCAAAACAAACACACGCUCCGGUAAUUAACCGGGAUAUGAAGGAUACGUUAAUAUAUAAAUUCUCAGAAAACGCUACUUCUUCACUUUUGAAAAGCCUAUUGUAUGGACCACUUAAGCAUAAAGAACAUGGUAUUCAAAGCACUUUCGAAUCAGAAAAGAAACUUAAGUUUUCACGGUCUGACAUGACAAAUGUGCCAUCGACUGAUGCAUUAAUAAAGGGAAGUAAAAACUUCGAGAAAACUACUGACAGUAAUGUUAUGAGAACUGUUGAAAGUACUGUUAAAACAGUCUUUAACAACACCUCUCCUGUAUAUACUGUUAAACCUAGUAUAAGUGAAAGAGACAUGUUAAUACGGCUGUUGAAUGGUACUUUGCGUUACAGAGAUGUUUGAUUCUGAUACUCAAACAUAUUUAAAAGUAAACUAAAACAUGUGUCUGAUUGAUUGAUGGAUUGGUGGAUGGUUGAUUGGUGGGCUAUUUUAUUGCUUCUUGUAAAGUGUGAAACAAACGCUACACAUUGUUCUAUCGUUGUUUUAUGUCUUUUUCAAUGUUCACUAUCAUUAUCAUAGCAUUAUCAAAAGAGAUAUGAUUAUUAAAUGA